AUGGCGGGGCGGGAGGUGGUGCCGCGGACCUGGCCGUCAGGGCUCAAUGCAGCCGAGCGCAUCAAGGCCGAAAUGGAGCAACAGGGCGGCAUGGAGGAAGAGGAGGUCUUUGAUGAGCUGCUAUGGAAUCAGCAAGUCACUGACCUGCACAGGGUCAUGGAAGUGGCGAAGUCUGUGUGGCUUCUUUUGGAGCACAGCAACGAGGCCAUGGUGCGCGUGGCACUGGAGAUAGCCUUGGACCGGAAGUAUAAGAAAGUCCUUUGGUGGCCCGACUUCUGGUUUUCGGACCACGACAAGCGUGAACACUUCAAGGAGAUUGUGCGGAUUAAGCUCGCCAUUGCCAUCGCCAACGCGAAAGGUUCGGCGGUGGACCUCUCUGAGUUUCAGAAGAACGAGGAGGAGAGCGAGUUGGUGAUCGGGUUGCGGAAGAAGAUCUCCGAGCUGGAGGAGGCGCUCCGGCAAGCCCGGGCUCUCCAGGAGGCCGCCGAGGCGCGGUGCCGGGAGCUGGAGGCCGCCGCCGCCGAGGCUGCCCAGCGCAUGGCGGCCAUGGAGAAGUCUCUGGAACAGCUGCGGAAGGAGGUCAAGGAUGCCUACAGGAACUCUCUUGUCGACAAGGGCAGUGAUGCAUCAGAGGAGGAACUCUUGAAGCUCAAGCAGCAGCUCAAGAUGAGUGAAGAACAGCGGGUGAAGCUGGAGGAGAUGAUUGCGCAGUUGCAGAAGCAGUUGCAGCAAGCGUCGGCUUCUGGAGACGGGUCGCAGCUCAAUGCCGAGCUUCAAGCGGCGAGGAAGCGUAUCGAAGACCUGGAGAACCGGCUGAAGGAGGCCCAGAAGGAGAUUGCUGCCUUGAAGAAGCAGAAGGGCUCCGCUCCAGCAAAGACGGAAGGAAAAGCUACGGUCGACGGCGAAGCCUUCCGCAGGCUCAGUGCGGAGCUGGAGGAAGAGCGGCGCAAGCGGGAAGAACUCGAGGAGCUGCUACAAAAAGCUCAGGAAGAGAUCGAGCUGCUGAAGAAGGACCUGGACGCCGAGCGGAAGAAGGCCGCCGAGCUGAGUGCGGAGCUGAAGCGGCUGCAGCAGCUCGACGGCAAGAAGCCGGAGGUUCUCCAAGAAGUGCAGCAGGUAACCAUCCCGGGCGGCAUGACCGCUGAGCAGCUGGCGGAGCUGGAAGAGCUGCGGGCGAAAGCAGCCGAGCUCGAGAAGUUGAAGGCGAAGCUGAAGAAGCGCGACGCACAGAUCGCUGCUCUGCAAGAGGAGAACGACAAACUGAACGAGGAGCAGAUGCGGCUGCUGAAGAUGCUGAAGCAGGUCCGGGAGCAGCUGCGGAUCGUCAUGGAGCUGGCGGAGAAGAAGGGUCUCGGCGAUGUGAUCAAGAAGCUCUUCGAGGAAGCCGGUUUGGGCACCACCAUGUCUGAUCCGGACUACACGUGCUUCGAUCGACUCUACGACGAUGCCCUCAGGCGGAUGGACAAGCAACGCCGUCUCGAGUGGUACCGCCUGGGGAACACCGGCGACCCUCCGCCAUCCUUCAAGGCCGUGGAAGCGGCUGCAGCAGCCGCGCCAUUUCGGCAUCCAGGGCUCUGCCGCAAAGCUUGCUUGGACCGGAGGCGUGGUCAGGGUGUCUUCGCCAGCAAGCCCCUGAGGGCCGGCGAGCUGCUGCUGGCGUCUCCGCCCUUGGCAGCUGUGAAAGGAGUCCCGGAACAGCGACUUUCAGCUGCUCUCGCCGAACUGGUUUCGGAGCGACUCGACGGAGGAGACCCGAGCUUCCUCGAGAGCUUCUGGAGCCUCUCAGACGGUCAUGGGGAGGCCCCGGCGGAGGAGGAGGAGGCGCUCCCCCGAAAGUUGAACUCUCAGCGGCGCAUGGGGAAGGUGCUCAAAAUCAUCGCGGUGAAUGCCCAUGGCUGGCCACAGGGAGAUGAGAAGGGCCUGGGUUUGUGGCCGUGGCAGGCCUACAUGAACCAUGCGCCGCCUGCAGAUGCCAAUUGCUCCGCCGCUUUUGCAGGGGAGGUCCUCCUCAUGCGUGCCAUAAAAGGCAUCAAUGCCGAAGAGGAGUGCGUCCACUCGUACUGCCCGCCUUCAGCCAGCUUCUCGGUGCGGCGGGCGAUCUUGAGGCAGUGUUGCGUGCCACACGUCGAUCAGGAGGCGUUGUUCCAGGAAGAGGCUGCAGCUGGAGGCCUCCAAGCUGAGCUACAGGGGAACCUGUUGCUGGCCCGCGACAAGAUGAAGGUGGCCACCAGUGCAGUGCACGAAGACGACAACCAAAAGGCGCACACGUUGUGGAAAGAGGUCUUGAACCUUCGUGUGGACCAUCGCAGGUGUUUGGAGUCGGCUGCGUGCGCUGCACCAGCAGUUGCAGAGUUCCUGCGGCUGCAGCUGCGUGCUGCAAGGUGCCUCGGUGACAUGGUUGCGGCUGCUGCAUCACAUGCUGAGCUUGCACGCGCUUUGCAGAAGGAGCAGCCCAAAAACGUGGAAGUCUUAGCUCACUGGCUUGGGCAUCUCCGCGCGGGCGGAGAAGAAGAGACGGCUCUGGAGCAGGUCCAGGCGCUCAGUCGCUUCUGGCUGGGAAGCUUCGCCGGCCUUGCGGAGGCCUCUGACUGGAUGGACUCCUGUGGCCUCGGGCCGCAUCUCCUCUGA